AAAAAAAUGGCUAUGAAAGAAGAAGGGCGAAAAGAAGAAAAAAUAUGUAUGACGUAAUGUGUAGUUGCCGAUGGUGGUAUUCCAAAAAUAGCUAUUACGUACUCUCUUAUUAACUUUCCUAAGCAAUAUCGAAGAGCUUUAUGUUUUCGCAGAUUCUUUGCGAAGAAAGAAAUGGUAAAUCGUUAUGCAAAAGUGCAGGAGAGCAACUUGCGUAAAGGAAAGAAUGUCUUUAUGGAGUACUAAGAGAAAAAGACAAGAAUUCACGGUAUCCAUGAGAACUAUAAAAAUAAGAAUUGCAAAAGGAUGAAAUGAAAUUAAUGUCUGUUGCAGCAGAAGUUUCUGGUUGAAGAAAUUUGUAAUAUGGAAAGGGGACAAGGAAUUCCAGAAUUUUUCCCGGUUGAAUAAAUGCACAAGAAAUACUACACGGAAUUUUAACUUCAAGAAUUUAAAACUCUAACACGAAAAUAAACCAAAAAAUAAGAAUAUAUUCUGGCUUCAACAGAACAUUCUCACUGCAACAGUAAUUUACAGGAUGGGGGAAGAAUAGUCUCUCCUGAAAAUUUACAAGUAAAUCAAUACAAUUCAUUUAAAUCUUGAUAAUUUAUAAGACUUGGUUAAAAACAGCAAGAUUACUAGGCAGCGCUUCAUGCUUUAGUGAUAACCUAGAAUUUCGGAAACACAGCUGUAUGGAAAUAAAAACAAAGGAGUACUGGUGGCAGUGUUGAUUCACAUUUAUUACACAGCGCUAUCAAAUUCAUUACUGCAUUUAAAAACAAAACCACUUUCGGUCAGAAAUUACGCAACGCUAAACAAUCUCAAUUUUGGCGCGCUAACCAAAAAGCUAUUUCUAGCGAGCAGCGCUCACUCACUGAAUUAUUGAUCGUCAAUUUUUACUUGAUCAAGCGCCGUUUUCCCUAGUACUUCAAUCGUUAACCUCUGUUCUGUUGAGACGUCUCGCGUGUUUAGUCCUAGUGAUUCGCGAGUAGUGGUCAUAGAACACCGCUUUUGUCCGCUUUCCUAGCGUCUAGCACUUUCUUUUUUUACACAGCUAACACUCUUAAUGUUUUAGAAAGGUAAUUUGGUGUUCUACCAAGAAAAUACGUUCCCAUUUCAGCAAGAAUGACUGCAUAAAAAUGGAAGGAGCGAUAUCCUGUGCGAGCCAUCGGACGCCAUUUUGGUACGGCAACCUUUGGAGGGGGACCAGCCUGCUACAGUGUCGUCCAUGCUGUUGAGAUCCGGUGGGUGCUUGGAAGCCGACAGCUUAAUAUGGCUAGAAAAUAUGUUCUCUCUUCUUGAAAGAUGCAUUGGAUCCUUCUGCUGACCAUUUUCUUUUGCUAUGGCGCUCCUUUUCCUGGAUUAAGUGUGCCGAAGAAGAAAAGAGCUCCCGAGUCAUCUUUUGAUGACUUGUCUGAUGAUAUCAGCCGCCCUAUUAUUGCUGAAAAGCUAAAAAGACUUUAUCCAGAAAAUGAGAGACUCAUAGCCAGCAUACCUAGUCGAAUUUAUGAAGUAAUUUAUCCUGUUCAAAUUCGCCAGCAUGUUAAGUUAGGUAUUUCCACAAGAGAAACUGGUGCCAAUAAAACUGGGGAACAUUAUCAUCAAACAUCAUUGCUCAUCAAGGCUUUUAAUUAUAAAUUUCGCAUCGACUUAGAGCUCAACACGCAUUUGCUUGCACCAAAUUUAAUACAAAAGCACUUCCUUCCUGAAGGGGUUCAACAAAUUUCAACUCAGGAAAUAGAGCAUUGCUAUUAUCAUGGCACUACAAGAGAUUAUCCUGGAGCCAUCGCUGCCUUCCGCACAUGUAAUGGGGUUAGUGGUAUUCUUCAUGUUGGGAAUGAUACAUUUGUUAUUCAUCCAUUUUAUGGAGGGGAUCAAUCUAAAAAGCACCCACAUGUUAUUUAUCGAUAUUUUUCUGAAUCAAAAGAAAAGCAUACUUGUGGUAAUACUGGAAUGCAUGAAUGGGGUUUUAAAAUGUUUCGUAUGCGACCCUCCACUCCAUCACGUUUUAAAAAAGAUGUUAGACAAGUAAACAAAUUUGUAGAGUUGGCUUUAGUUCUUGAUCAAGCGAUGUUUGAUAACCGAAACACAAGUAGGAAUGAGGUUGUCAAUGAUGCCAUCCAAAUUGUCAACUGUGUUGACAUGUAUUUUCGUACUGUGAAUACUCGAGUAUCUGUUGUUUAUGUUGAAACCUGGGCUCAUGGAGAUCAAAUGGAAUUCAAUAGUGAUGUUCGACAAACCCUGCUCAGUUUCAUGGAAUAUGCUUCCCGUAAACUGUACAAAGUUGCUAAGGAUGCUACUCAUUUAUUAACAGGUCACAAAUUUCGAGGGCAUGAGGUUGGUAUGGCAGUUCCUGACAGUAUAUGUACAGCAAAAGCCGUAGGAGUGAGCGAAGAUUCCAGCAUUUAUGAACCCCAUUUAAUUGCAAGUACAAUGACUCAUAUGUUAGGGCAUAAUAUUGGAAUGAGCCAUGAUCAUUACAAUGGAACUGAUUGUAAAUGUGAUGAUUGGUGGGGAUGUAUCAUGGCACAAACUAUAUUAGGCGUUAACAAAAUCCAGCCAUAUCAUUUUUCAACAUGUAGUUUACAAGAUUACAUAAAUGCCCUUCGAAUAGGCCAUGGUAUCUGUUUAUUCAACAAACCAAAUCAGCUAGAAGAUUUUCGCACAUGUGGUAAUAAUGUUGUUGAGAAAGGUGAAGAAUGCGAUUGUGGAAGCAUUGAGGAAUGCAUGAAAUCCGAUCCAUGUUGUGAUCCAAUCACUUGCAAACUAAGAGUUGAAGCAGAAUGUUCCAGUGGUCUGUGUUGUGCUGAUUGCAAACUUCGAAGUGCUGGUUCCUUGUGCCGUUCAGCUGCUACAGAAUGUGAUAUACCUGAAUACUGUGAUGGAAAAGAUGGACAAUGCCCUGUCGAUCUAUUUAAAAAGAAUGGAGCAUCGUGCAAAAAUGGUAAAGGUUAUUGUUUCCAUGGACGUUGUCCAACACCUGAUGAGCAGUGUGAAUAUCUGUGGGGUUAUGGAGCUGUACAGUCAGAAUUUGAAUGUUUUCAACAGUUCAAUACUCAAGGCAGUUUGAAUGGAAAUUGUGGAACAGAUAGUCAAGGUGGUUUUAUAAAAUGCACUGAAGAGAAUGUUCGUUGUGGUUCUCUUCAGUGUCAGAGAGGUUCACGAGCCCCAAUGAUUGCUGUAAAAGAUAAACAGUACACUCGAACAAUAGUCUCAAUCGGUGGUCAAGAAUAUGAAUGCAAGGUAACCUCUGGCACAAUCACUGCAGAAAUCCCUGACUUGGGCUUAAUGAUUGAUGGGACAAAAUGUGCUGAGGAGAAGAUAUGUGUUAACCAGACAUGUGUCAAUGUUGAUGUAUUUAUCGAGCCUGGUUCAUGCCCAACAAAUAACAUUGCCCUGUCUUGUUCAGGGCAUGGAGUUUGUUCUAAUAUUAAUACCUGCCACUGUGAUCCUAAAUGGACAUCGCAUGAUUGCAGUCAGCCAUUUGAUCCUGGGCUGGGUAUUGUAGAUCACACUAAUGGACCAGUUGGAACUUUAGAGAAACCUGGAGGGGAAACUGGUAUUCUUACUACUGUGAAAGCACUUUCUGAAACAGUUGCAGAUUGGAGGAAUAAGACUAUUAAAUCAAAUGUUCCAUAUGGGGUUGGCAAGAAGGAUGUCCUCAGCACCCCAUCUCUCGUUAUAGUUCUUGUGUGUGUUGUUGGUGGAGUGUUUAUUUUCUUCGCUUUAUUAGCCACCUGCUACAGAAGACAGAGUGCUAUGCCCAAGCCGGAUCCAACCCACCUAAAAAAGCACACAAGUCGCAAGUUUCCAGCUACACCCAGUUCCAUCAAGCCUGAUGAUAGUUCUUCUCAAGAGAAUGUAAACCGUAUUAUUACUUUCGGAAGUAUGCCUUCCUACAGGGAAGACAAGCUUCAGGAAUUAAAAAGACAGCAGGUUUUACAGCUCAAAGAUACUUCUUGUUCAGAUGGAGAAGAACUACUUGAUGAAACUUCUGCUUUCAUAGAACUUUCACCCAACAAUCUCUCUAAGGUUCCAGAAAAAGGCAUUUUGAAGCGUGCCAUUAGGUCAGAUAAAGAAAAGUGGAGUGAUGAAGCGUCUCAGUCAGAUAACCAAGAUAUAAUGAGCCAGGCAGAUAGUCAUGCAGAACGUAACAGUGAUGCAUUAACAGAAGUUGAACGAACUUUAAAGAGCUUGAAUGGAUAUCAUGAGGAAAUAUUAGAAGCCCUUCAUACUGUGUCUUCCCAUCGUCCAGUCGAUAGCCAGGGAAGUCCACAGGAUGGGAAAAAGACUUUUUCUGAUGCUGUAUCUGAUUACAGCAUCAUGAAGAAUAGUACAGAACAUUUGGGAAAUACUAGUAGUGAAGAAGCUGAGGACAUGGUGCCUCCUUGUGGCCCCAUAAGAAUUAGAAACUUAGAGGACCUUCUAAGACAGUUGGAACAUCAGCCACUCCAUGUUUCUCCAGCUGGCUCUGAUCUCCGCCUCAGUGAGCCAGAGGCUGACCGCCAUUAUAGGGUAGAAAGGACGGAUAGUGCUAGUGGUACUGAAAGUCAGUUGGAGCCAGGUUUACAAUUUUACUUAGGGAGAAAGCAAAGACCCACUGCUUCAGAUAUCUCCAGUCGUUUUGCUCGAGUUCCUCCAGCUGAACCAGAAGAAGAAGAUGAAGAUUUUGAUGAGGAAGGUAGUAUUGAAGAAGAUGGAGAAGAAGGUGAUUAUUCUUCUCAUCAGUUUGUCCGUAGUGCUAGUGAAGAAGCCCUUCCCAUAACUUAUAAACCUGAUUACACUUAUGAACGAAACUUAAAUACCAUGCAACAACAGGAGAAGACUCUGAAGCGUGAUGGGUGUGAGUAUGUACCUAGUCCGCCUUCUGAUGAACUUUAUGAUGGUUUAUAUGAUGAUAAAGGUUACUUCCCUCCUUUAACUGCCAGGGCAGAUCGAGCUCAGUUGCCAGUGACUGCUCCGCCUUCUUCCAGCUCCUCCACUUCUGGCUCGCAGCCUCCUUCGGGAGCCAAAAGAAAAGGAAAAAAGAAAUUUCCGGAGUACAAGGUUUAACAAAUGUUUUUCAUAAUAGUUUAAAAAAGAACAUGCUAGUCAUUAAAUUAUUAUUAUCUAACAUCUUCAAUAUCAAGAAUUUAUGGGAGAAACAUAACUGUGGACCACACCUAUCCUAACAAUGGGCAAGUUUUUAACUUAUUCAUGUGGCAUCUGCACAUAGUCAGAACAGGUUUGUACCUCACAUUUGCUCAGAAUUCAGGUUGCUGUGACAAGCCACCUUUAUAUACGGUCAUCCAAAGACCAAUUUUAUUUUUUGCUCAUUGUCUACAGCUACCUUUUUAUGAUUAAUUUAUAUACAUUUAUACACAUGUUUAUUUUGUGUUUUAGUAUUUUUGUUGAUUUUUUGUUUUUAUUAUUGAUGCAUUCUGUCAGGGCCGAGCACAGUUUUUGCAAAUACUAUUACUGGUUUUUAUUCUACAAGUAUAAGACUAGAUAUAUAUUUGUUCUCAGUUAAGGUAACUGAAACUAUCAGAAAUAUAUGUUAUCUUAAAACUAUAUAUAAAUAUUAAAUAUUAUAAUUUUAGUAUAAUACUUAGUUAAAUCUAGUCUUUAUAUGAGUUGUAUUCAGUUGUAAUGAAAUGUUCAUUGCUGAAAUGGUGAUCGGUGCUGAUUAUGAAUGUGCCAAUAAGCAGUAUUAAUGUACAGAAACAAAGACUGUGUACUACAAAUUAACCUUUCAUUUUGUACUUAAAAAGCUUGUAUUUUUAUUCAGAAUGUAAAGAAUGAUUUUCAGUGACAGGUUUUGCCAUAACUGCCAUUUUCAAAAUUAAUUUUAAAUUAUUUAAAUGCAAGCAGUAAGUAACGAAAUUUACUUAAUAUAUCAGUCCUUCUGUAAUUUUUGUAAGAACUUAUGAAAUAAAGUAAAAGCAAUGCCAUUAUAAAUUUAAGGAACAAAAUUUAUGAUGUGAUAAAAUAGUUUUGCUUAUUUAUGGUUUUUAAGAACAGGGAACAAUAAGCAGCAGCUCCUUUUUCUAUACAUCUUUUGUUUACUGUGAAAAAUAAAAAAGGUUUUUUUUUUUCCAGUAUUUACCCUUAAAUUGCAAUGAUCUUCAGAUCAAAAACUAGGAACAAAUAGAUUAGCACAGAUUUGUUUCAAUUCUUCUUCAUUAUGAUAAAGUAUGAAAUUUUAAUAUGUUUUUUAAAAUUUUUAAUAAUUUAAUAAUUUUAGUUAAUAUUCAAUAAUUAAUUUUUUAUUUUAACCAUUUAAAAUUUUAAGGAAACAUUUGAACUAAAUAUAAAUAGAAUUCACAAAUAUUUAAACAUAUGUAAUUUUAUCAGUAAAACCUGGGAAAUAUUUCUAGUACCCUAUACUUAGAAUAUUAAAAAUUAUUUAUAGUUUCAAGAAAAGACAGUGUAUUUGUUUUCGCUAAGAGAGGAGUGAUUCUGUUAUUUUAUCCCUUUUAUGGUGAAUUUCAAGAGAAAAAAAUUUAACUGUUGUAAAAAUAAGAUGUACUUUUGUAAUAUAAAAUACACCCUUCCUCAAUUUUAGUAUGAUUAUUUUUUUCAUUAAUCGCUGCUUUGUUUCAUUAGUUAUAAAUAAUUCUUUAAUAUUUUUUUUAUCUUAUAUAAAUUCAGAAUUUAAUCAUUGUAUGAUUUUAAUUUAAAUCUGAAA